CCCAGGCCCGGAUCAUCGGGAAGCGAAUUUCGACAGAUGGGGCGCGCCCCAAACCCAGCCAGGAGAGCGCUAUAAAGGGACCGCUCCACCCGGACCUCCUCAUCCUCCAUCUCUUCACCUGUGUGGGGCUCCAAAUUUUCUCUUCUUUCUUCUCCAACUCUCCCGAGUCGUCCGAUCCGAGAUGUCGUGCACCGUCCUGGAGAAGGCCCUGGAUGGUCUAGUGAAGAACUUCCACCAGUAUUCCCGGUUGGACAAGGACAGUGACAGACUGAAUAAGAGCGAAUUCCUGGCCCUGAUCAAGGAGAGCUACCCCAAGUUCCUGGAAGCCUGCAAUCGGAAUAAUCCGGGUUCCCUGGAUAAGAUGUUCAGUGACAACGACAAGGACCAUGACGGCGCAGUGAACUUCAUGGAGUUCGCCGGGAUGCUGGGCGUGUUGGCCAACGAUUAUCACAACCAAUACCACGGCAACCCGCGCUGCGGCAACAAGCCAUGCGACGAUAAGCGGAAAUGAGCCGGGGGGGUGGUCGAGGGCAUCUCGCUUCCCCGGGGCCCCCUCCCCAACACCCCAUCGUCUCCCUACUGCGCGAUUGGUGCCGGAUGGAAAUAAAGGAUCAUGUUCAACGCGCUCACAA